UGCCCGCUCCCAGCCCCGUCCGCCGCUCCUCGCGCCCGGCCCCCCUUCUCAUUCAGGGGCAUCAGCACAUUCGAACUCGGUUGCCGCGGCCCCGGUGGCCGGCCCCCGGCCCCUAGUCCGACAACAUUGCCCUCCCGGCGCCCUCGCCCUCUCCAGGGAAACGGGCCCCAGUUUUUUCGGGCGUCGCACCGACUGCCUGGGCGAUCACCCCCGGCCACAACAGGUGAAUGGACCCCCGUUCGUUUGCCCCUUUCUUCCCCUCUCUUUCGCCCCUGUUCCUUUCGCUCUCCCUCCGCUCCUUGUCUGGAGUUUGAUCCACCCCGCCAUGUCUUUCCAAUCCAACCAGGUCAUUGUCUGCGACAAUGGUACCGGUUUCGUCAAGUGCGGUUACGCCGGCUCCAACUUCCCUGAGGCCGUCUUCCCCUCGCUCGUCGGCCGGCCCAUGCUCCGUGCCGAGGAGAAGGUCGAGGGUGUCGAGAUCAAGGACAUCAUGGUCGGUGAGGCCGCUUCCAAGCUGCGCUCCCAGCUCCAGCUCUCCUACCCCAUGGAGAACGGUGUCAUCCGCAACUGGGAGGACAUGGAGCAUGUCUGGAAGCACACCUUCGAGGACGUCCUGAAGAUCGACCCCCGCGACAGCAAGAUUCUCCUCACCGAGCCGGCCAUGAACCCCCUCCGCAACCGUGAGCUCAUGGUCAAGACCAUGUUCGAGAAGUAUCAGUUCCACUCCGUCCAUGUUGCCAUCCAGGCCGUCAUGACCCUCUACGCUCAGGGUCUCCAGACCGGUGUUGUCGUCGACUCCGGUGAUGGUGUCACCCAUAUUGUCCCCGUCUACCAGGGCUACCAGCUUCCCCACCUGACCAAGCGUCUGGAUGUUGCCGGUCGUGACAUCACCCGCUACCUGAUCAAGCUCCUCCUCCUGCGCGGUUACACCUUCAACCGUACCGCCGACUUCGAGACCGUCCGCCAGAUCAAGGAGUCCCUCUGCUACACCGGUUACGACCUCGAGCUUGAGAACCGCCUCUCUCAGGAGACCACCGUCCUGGUCGAGCCCUACACUCUUCCCGACGGCCGUGUCAUCCGUGUCGGCUCCGAGCGCUUCCAGGCCCCGGAGGCUCUCUUCCAGCCGUCUCUCAUCGAUGUCGAGUCGGUCGGCAUCGCCGAGCAGCUGUUCAACUGCAUCCAGGGCGCCGAUAUCGAUCUGCGUACCGAGUUCUACCGCAACAUCGUGCUCUCCGGUGGUUCCACCAUGUAUCCCGGUCUGCCCUCGCGUCUGGAGAAGGAGGUCAAGCAGCUCUACCUCACCCGCGUGCUCAACAACGACGUCGAGCGCCUGAGCAAGUUCCGCAUCCGCAUUGAGGACCCGCCCCGCCGUAAGCACAUGGUCUUCCUUGGUGGUGCUGUCUACGCUGAGAUCAUCAAGAACAGCGAGUCCUCCUGGAUGACCCGCCGUGAGUACGAGGAGGAGGGCCUCGAGCGCCUGAUGAAGAAGUUCGCCUAAAGGGUGCUGAUGUGGGAUGUGCACAUGCGCAUGCGUUCCCCUCCCCCCCCCCUCUCUCGCAUGUCGUGUGCACUCCUCCCCCAUUCAUCCCCACUUUUCAGACUCCCUCGCUUCAUUCUUCCUCUCUCUCCCCCCCCCCCCCCC